ACUCUGCAGUAGCAAUUUGUUGUAUUUCUGAGCGCCAUUGCUUUUUACCGAUGUAAUGUUGAAAUGAUUUUAAUCUGUUUUCAUCUGCAAAUCUAUGUGAUGUUUUAGCAAAACAUUGAAGUGAUUGUGUACUAAAACUAUCGAACUCCUUAAGUUUUUGUGCUGGGCUUUGUCAUGGCCGGUAAGUGGUGACUUUUAGCGCCCGCUAGUCAAGGGCGAAAUCGGAAUCGAGAAUCGCAAUAAGUCGAAGAUGUUUUAUCGUUCAAACUCCGACGGCAAUGGUGGGGAGACGACAUGGUGUUUCAGCCAGGUGAAAGGCACGCUCGAGGACGACGUCACAGAGGCCGACCUCAUCUCCUGCGUGGAGUUCAACCACGAUGGCGAGCUACUCGCCACCGGCGACAAGGGAGGCCGCGUCGUCAUAUUCCAGAGGGACCCAGCAUCGAAACAGUGCGUGCCCAAGAAGGGAGAGUACAACGUGUACUCGACAUUCCAGUCCCACGAGCCAGAGUUCGACUACCUCAAGUCGCUCGAGAUCGAGGAGAAGAUAAACAAGAUACGGUGGCUCAAGCGCAAGAACCAAGCACACUUCCUGCUAUCCACUAACGACAAGACUAUUAAACUAUGGAAGGUGUCGGAGCGUGAUAAGCGCGUGACCGGUUACAACACGCGCGAGGAGAGCGGUCGCGCGCGGGACCCGGCGCGCAUCACGCAGCUGCGCGUGCCCACGUGGCGGCCCGCCGAACCCAUGGUCGAGGCAUCCUCCAGGCGGAUAUUCGCGAACGCGCACACCUACCACAUAAACUCGAUCUCGCUCAACUCUGACCAGGAGACGUACCUGUCCGCGGACGACCUGCGCAUCAACCUGUGGCACCUGGAGAUCACGGACCAGAGCUUCAACAUCGUGGACAUCAAGCCUGCCAAUAUGGAGGAGCUUACAGAGGUGAUCACCGCUGCAGAGUUUCAUCCGACUGAAUGCAAUCUCUUUGUAUAUUCUAGUAGUAAGGGUACAAUAAGGCUGUGCGACAUGCGAGCCGCGGCGCUGUGCGACCGCCACGCCAAGCUCUUCGAGGAACCAGAGGACCCACAUGCGCGUUCCUUCUUCUCGGAGAUCAUCUCGUCCAUAUCCGAUGUCAAGCUCAGCAACUCGGGACGAUAUAUGAUGUCAAGAGAUUAUUUAGGUUUAAAAGUAUGGGAUCUUAGAAUGGAAACGAAACCAGUAGAAACAUAUCCAGUGCACGAGUAUUUACGGUCGAAGCUGUGCUCGCUGUACGAAAAUGACUGCAUCUUCGACAAGUUCGAGUGCUGCUGGAGCGGGGACGACCAGCGGCUCAUGACCGGCUCAUACAACGGUUUCUUCAGGGUGUUCGAGCGCGCCUGCUCUGGGGGCCGCCGCGGGGAGCUGACGCUGGAGGCCGCGCGCGACGCGGCCGCGCGCCCGCGCCAGCCGCUGCGCCCGCGCCGCGUCGCCACCACCGCCAAGAGGAAGAAGGACGAAAUCAGCGUAGAUUGCCUGGAUUUCAACAAAAAAAUCCUACACACGGCGUGGCAUCCGCACGAGAGUAUCAUCGCCGUAGCCGCCACCAACAACCUCUUCAUAUUCCAGGACAAGUUCUAGCCUUCGCCAACCCUGUCCGAACCUUCCAGGCACUGAGGACCUUAUUGUCGGGUAAUACGGCUCAAAAUACAACGAGG